UAUUUAUUAUCCCCGCAUCAAAGCAAACACUGCAGAGGUAUAAAACCUGCCCUGUGUGAGACCUGCUUGUUUUGGAGGCUGCAACACCUAUAAAGGAUGAAGACUUCUCUUCUUGUCGUGCUUGUCAUAGCCCUGUGCACCGAGAGUGCUUUCUCCUUGACAUGUUUCUCCUGCAAAGAUGCACCUUCCAACCUGCAUUGCCUCAGUACGACCACGUGCUCUGACCAUGAGAAGUACUGUCUCACAACCUAUUCUACCACGGGAAUGGGCAGUGACCGCAACCAGCGUAUCACCAAGAGAUGCUCUACCUUUUGCCCAACAAUUGACCUGAAUAUCGGCAUAGCUGGUGUCGCUACCAGCUGCUGUGAGACCUCCUUGUGCAACAUCAGUGGUGCCAGCAGUGUGAAAACCAGCUACACCAUGAUAGCACUGGGUGUCUUGGCCAGUCUCGCCUGCAUCCUCCGGAUGGGUUUUUAAAGAGGUUAGAGGGAGAUAAAGGUUGCUUGGCCUUGCAUUGUAAAGGGUUGAGCUCUCAUCUGUACAGUCUGAAUGCUGCCCUGUUUCUCCUACCUGGAAUGUCACAUCCCAUCAGCAAAUAGUUUUGCUCAUUCCAUGCUCUGAUGACAGUGCAUAAGAGCACAGCCCUACCUCAAAAUGGUGCUUGGAAGAGAAAGGCAUGAUGUGGAGCCCUGCCUAUAGAGAAGGGCAUCAUAUAGUCACCAUCUCUCCUACUAUUGGCUUUUAUAACUCCAUGCAUUUUUUCCCCUUCAUUUUAUUCCUGCCAUUCUCUUAUGCCAUUUUUUCCCUUUAUACUAUUUUCUGUACCAUUUUGCUCCAAGGAUAUUACAGUUGUUAAACAGAAGCUGGGCACAAUAAAGUGUUAUUUUAUUCUAU